AUGUUCCACCUCAUUUAUCCAAGAUACCAUGGCCAGUAUAGUGUUUUGUGACCAUGGCAUGCGUACAGCGUUGGCAGCGUCGGUCGAACUCAUUUUUUGUGUUUUUGUUUUUAUUUUUCUGAAUUAAAAAUGGAGGAUAUGCAGUAAUUACAUAUAAAAUAAAACGCCUUAAAGUAUAAGUUUCAAGAUGAUGGAAAUUGUGGAAAAGCUCCGCGAUCUCCAUCUCGGUAUUCUAGAUCCAGAUUGGGUGCAAAGUAUUUAUUAUUCAGAAUUCCUGGAGUUCAGUGAUUUGCCCCAAGAAUACGAAAGUGUAUUGGAGUCUCUGGAAAUUCAGUCCGUGUUUAGGAACAUUAUGCAAGCUAUCGAAAUCUGGUUGAGCUUUGACAGCGAAGAAGACAAAUCCUGGGCUGCCUUGUCUCCUCAUGUUGAUCAUCAGAAGUUAUUAGCUAUCUUAGGGUACUAUAUAGAUUAUGGAACUAAGAAUGUACUUACUAAGGAGUACCGCAAUAACGCCUUGCUGGCAUCGCGAUUGUACUUCAAGUUUAUGUCCAUUUCUGGGUUCAAGGCAUACCAUAUAUAUCAUUCCCAGCUGUUUGCACACUCUCUCGCAUGUCUUGGAUUCCCAAAGGCUAUGUGUGACCGUGAAGACAACUACUACAAUACCAAACAGUUAGCCAAAGAAGUAAACUCAGUGAUAAAGGAAUUACAACCUUUUGUGAAUGACUUACGAGCCAUUAUUGAAAGCCUGCAGUUGAAUCCUAGCGAUAUGAAUUUUGAGGAUAUUCUAAGCAAUUUGGUCGAUGUCACUGGAGGUGCUAUUGUGAACAGGUUAAAUGUUGAUAAAAUAGAGCUGGUGUUCAUAUCCUCAGUGAUUUAUGAAAUUAUUGAUAUUCUGAUCUGUGGAGGGUCCUCAAUGAAGCCGAACCCAGUAGUCAUUCGUUUACUAUUCAAAGUUGUACUACCAAAGCUGUUGGCUGCUUCUGUGGACACCAAGAAUGCUAAUAACCUUGUGAGAGCCUCAUAUGUCACAUAUUCAGGGUUGCUAUUGAGUAAAUAUGGGAAAUCAGCACUGUCUGGUUACACUGUUCUUCUGCAGCACCUUUGCCACACACCGGAUGGAUUGGAGCGCGCUGAAGUGCGUACGGCGCGCGUGGAGCUGGUGGUUGGCUUGAUGAGCUUAUUGCCGCGCACGUCGCACCGUAACAUCGUUAAGUGGCUGAUCAAGCUCUCUACCACAAGCAAGAUAUCACACCGACACAUUGCAAUGGAAAUGCUGUCUAAACUGUUAUGUAAUGAAAAUGACCCAGAGGAAUCUGAACCACAACAAUCUGAACAGACUCCCCCAGAUGCUACAGUUACCGAAGAGAGUGAGCAACCAGCCAACGAGAAUGAAAAUCAAGAAACAAAUGAAGCACCUGCUGAUGGGCAGAGUCCACCCGUAAAUGUCAAAAUGGAACCUCGCGUUCGGCAGGAAACGCCAACAGUGGAGGCCGAGAUAGACCUGACGGAAGACGACGCGGCCGGGCUGCUGCGGCAGCGCGCGCACACGGUGCCGCACGGCGAGAUCGUGCGCGCGCUGUACGAGCGCGUGGGCGACGUGUCCAGCACGCUGCGCGCGCGCGCGCUGGCCAUCCUCUCCGACUGCUUACUCACGCACGAGGCGUCUCUCAGCGAUGCCAUACAGGAGUUGAACGGGACGGGACCGGUGUCGCGGCUGUUGGCGCUGGCGGCUCGGUGCGUGUGCGACGAGCGCGCAGCCGUCCGUCGAGCAGCUCUCGCGCUCGUCCACCGCUCGCUGGUCAAGCAAGAUUCGCCGACGCCUGACCCCAACGACCUUGGGAUUCUAGUAGGGUUGUGCCGUGAUGCGAGCAUUAUAGUGCGUACAGGAGCGAUCACUGCUCUCGGCGAGUUAGCGAUUCAGCGACCGUGUGAUGCCGUCUUUGACGCCUUUCUUUCCGGACCCAUGCAUCAGUUGUCAGAUCCUGAGACUAAGAUUCAAGACCAAGUGAUGUCGCUAGUGCAGCACCUUCUGAUAGAUCGACUGCAGAAACACGUACAGGGGCUACCCGAGGACCAGCACCCAUGGAUGUUCCUCUCUGCGGUCACUCGCCACAACAUGCGGCGUCAUCUGCAGAAGGCCUGCCUGCUGCUCGCUAACAAAACCACUUGUAUUAGCCAUCGCGUAGUAGACGUGGUCAGCACGCACAUGGGCGCGGUGAACGAGGUUCGGGAUCUGCACGUACUUGUGCUGCUCACCAGCGCCGCGCGACACCUCGACUGCAACGACAUCGGGUUUCUGCUGCAGUAUUACUAUCACCUUGCAAAUGAUGACCAGCAAACGCGUGACUCCCGUCUGAUGCCGCUGACGUUGGAGCUGCUUACGCUGUGGUCGCGGUGGGCGCGGCCUGUCGAUCGCACGGCGUUGCGCGACCACCUUGUCCAGCGACUUGCCGCCGCUCACAACGACGGAUGUCGACUCGCGGCCGCCACACUCGCUGCUCACUUGGAUCCUACCAACUUAACGUGGGCGACGGAAUUGAUCCAGCUUGCCGAGCGCAGCGCGUUGAACAGCACGGCUGUGGAGGAAUGGGUGCGAGCCGCGGACCUGUCGCUGGUAGCACCUGUGCCGCCGUCGCCGGCGUUGCUUCGCCUGUUCGUCGACGCGAUCUCCGACCCGCCGCCUGAAUGGACAGACGCGUGUCGCGGCGCGGCUGUGGCGGGGUGCGGCCGGCUGUGCAUCCGGUCCCGGUCGGCGGCGGCCGCGACGGCGCCGACGCUGGCGCAGCUGCUGCACGACGCCACGCAGCCGCUCUGCGCGCGCGUCAACGCGCUGCUCGUGCUCACAGACAUCUGCACCAGGUACACGUGUAUCGUCGAGCCCCUGCUGUUCAGCGUAUGCAACUGCCUGGCCUCGACGGCGGCGGUGCCGCUGCGCCGCACCGCGGCGCGCUCACUCACGAGGUUGCUGCUGGCUGGCUACCUGCGCCUACGCACCCCGCUCUACUACCGGUACUGCGCAUUGCUGGCAGACGAGGACCACGACGUACGUGAACCCGCCGAGUAUUACGUCACGUGCUGCCUCACCACCGAAGCCAUUUACCACCACUUCGUCGACUGCAUCAUGCAUUACAACCAAGAUCAGGAAGAGUGUACGCUAUCUUUCGACUCCCGGCAGCUGAUUUACGACGUGAUGCUGCAGCGAUUGUCCUUAGUUCAAAAGCUGAACCUGCAAUGCCGCUUGGCGCGGGAAAUUUUGGAACACGCGGCCGACGUUACCGAUGAAGGCGACGGUGAACUACCAGCAUCGCUUAGUGCCGCCUUGAUGGACACUAUCACUUUACUCUGCGGACCUAGGAUGAAGCUGCCAAGAAAACCACAACGCGACGGCGAUGCGAAUGACAUAGAUGAUCUGCAAGAAAGGGUUACUACAAACAUAGUAUCUCAUAAAAUGAAAAGCACAGUGGCAGAAGUGGUCGUGCCGGCGGUGCUACGGUUGUACUCACGUUUGGGUCCAAAUGGCGGACAAGUCGCCGCCUAUCUAGUGCGCAUCGCUAACGACCUGCUCAAUGACUAUCGACAAGAGAUCGAAGAGUUAAUAGAAAACGACGAAGAGUUAGUGCAACGCGUGCGUCAGUUCCAAGAGACGAUCGGAAAGGAGCCGUCGUUCGGGAACACGCGUAACCUCGUGACUACGUCGACGACGCAUGAACCCGAGACGCCGCGAGCACCUCGCCGCCGCGCCACGAGGAACGCGCGAUCACCGCCACGCAAGCGGACGCUGCGCAUUUGAUCCGGGCUCACUAAAGCCACAGGAGCUA